AUGCAAAAUGAUUUUUUUCACGAGCUCCCAGAAACCUUUCCUUCUGAUCCUCCAGAACCUCUUCCUCAUUUUCUCAUUGAGCCUGAAGAAGCUUACAUUGUAAAGAACAAGCCUGUGAACCUUUACUGUAAAGCCAGCCCUGCAACCCAGAUCUACUUCAAAUGCAACAGUGAAUGGGUUCAUCAGAAGGACCAUAUUGUAGAUGAAAGGGUUGAUGAAACCUCUGGACUCAUUGUUCGAGAGGUAAGCAUUGAGAUUUCACGGCAACAAGUUGAAGAACUCUUUGGACCUGAAGAUUAUUGGUGCCAGUGUGUUGCUUGGAGCUCUGCAGGCACUACCAAGAGUAGGAAGGCCUAUGUCCGUAUUGCAUAUUUACGCAAGACUUUUGAACAGGAACCAUUAGGAAAGGAAGUAUCUUUGGAACAAGAAGUCCUACUCCAGUGUCGCCCACCUGAAGGAAUCCCAGUGGCUGAGGUUGAGUGGCUGAAAAAUGAAGAGGUGAUAGACCCUGUUGAAGACCGAAAUUUUUACAUCACUAUUGACCACAACCUGAUCAUAAAACAGGCACGUCUCUCUGAUACAGCCAAUUAUACUUGUGUUGCCAAAAAUAUUGUGGCAAAAAGGAAGAGCACCACCGCUGCUGUCAUUGUCUAUGUCAAUGGAGGAUGGUCAACUUGGACAGAGUGGUCGGUAUGUAACAGCCGUUGUGGGAAAGGGUCUCAGAAGCGUACUAGAACAUGUACCAAUCCUGCACCACUCAAUGGGGGCACCUUCUGUGAAGGCCAGAAUUUGCAGAAAAUAGCUUGUACCACAUUAUGUCCAGUGGAUGGGAGGUGGACAGCAUGGAGUAAAUGGUCUACAUGUGGAACAGAAUGUACCCACUGGCGCAGGAGGGACUGCACAGCACCAGCACCAAAGAACGGCGGCAGAGACUGUGAGGGCCUUGUCUUGCAGUCCAAGAACUGCACAGAUGGGCUCUGUAUGCAGACUGCUCCUGAUUCAGAUGAUGUAGCUCUCUACGUUGGCAUUGUGAUAGCCGUGAUUGUGUGCCUGGCUAUUUCCGUAACUGUUGCAUUAUUCAUCUACCGGAAGAACCACCGGGACUUUGAGUCAGAUAUUAUAGAUUCUUCAGCACUAAAUGGUGGAUUUCAGCCUGUAAAUAUAAAAGCUGCAAGACAAGAUCUCCUAGCUGUACCUCCUGAUCUUACUUCUGCAGCAGCUAUGUAUAGAGGCCCUGUCUAUGCCUUGCAUGACGUCUCUGAUAAAAUCCCAAUGACCAACUCUCCAAUUCUGGAUCCGCUCCCCAACUUGAAGAUCAAGGUUUACAAUAAUUCGGGUGCAGUCACACCCCAGGAUGAUCUGUCCGAUUUUUCAUCCAAACUGUCUCCACAGAUUACUCAAUCCCUACUGGAUAAUGAAGCAUUAAAUAUUAAAAACCAGAGUCUUGCACGGCAAACAGAUCCAUCGUGCAGUGCUUUUGGAACCUUCAAUUCUCUUGGAGGUCAUCUGAUUGUACCUAAUUCAGGAGUAAGUUUGCUGAUUCCUGCCGGGGCGAUUCCCCAGGGGAGAGUUUAUGAAAUGUAUGUGACAGUUCACCGAAAGGAGAACAUGAGGCCACCAGUAGAAGAUUGUCAAACCCUUUUGACUCCUGUAGUGAGCUGUGGGCCUCCAGGAGCAUUGCUAACUCGGCCAGUCAUUCUAACAAUGCACCACUGUGCAGAACCAAACACCGAAGACUGGAAAAUUCAGUUGAAGAACCAAGCUGCCCAGGGACAGUGGGAGGAUGUAGUAGCAGUUGGAGAAGAAAACUUCACUACCCCAUGUUAUAUCCAGCUGGAUCCAGAGGCAUGCCAUAUCCUGACAGAAACUCUCGGCACCUAUGCCUUAGUAGGGCAGUCAGUCACCAAAGCAGCUGCAAAACGUCUGAAGUUGGCCAUAUUUGGGCCGCUGAUCUGCUCAUCCUUGGAAUAUAGCAUCCGUGUCUAUUGUCUGGAUGACACCCAAGAUGCCCUUAAAGAAGUGCUGCAGUUGGAGAGGCAAAUGGGUGGACAGUUGUUGGAGGACCCAAAAACAUUACAUUUUAAGGGUAGCACUCAUAACCUUCGUUUAUCUAUUCAUGAUAUUACUCAUUCCCUCUGGAAGAGUAAACUACUGGCAAAAUAUCAGGAAAUUCCUUUUUACCAUAUCUGGAGUGGAUGUCAAAGAAAUUUGCAUUGUACCUUCACCCUGGAAAGGUUCAGGCUAAACACGCUGGAGUUGGUAUGCAAACUCUGCAUACGGCAGGUUGAAGGAGAGGGACAAAUAUUUCAACUCAACUGUGUGGUAUCCGAGGAACCGACUGGCAUUGAAUAUCCACUUAUGGAUCCAGCAAGUACCAUUACAACCAUAGUAGGCCCCUGUGCAUUCAGCAUCCCUCUUCCAAUCCGCCAGAAGCUUUGCAGUAGCCUAGAUGCUCCUCAAACAAGAGGCCAUGAUUGGCGGAUGUUGGCCCACAAACUAAAACUGGACAGGUACCUCAAUUAUUUUGCUACAAAAUCAAGCCCCACUGGUGUGAUCUUAGACCUUUGGGAAGCCCAAAAUUUUCCCGAUGGAAAUCUGAGCAUGCUGGCAACCGUCCUUGAAGAGAUGGGAAGACACGAGACCGUUGUUUCGUUGGCAGCAGAAGGAAAGUACUGAACUGACCUUGGAAUGAGAAAGAAGGAAUGUUAACCAUGUCAGCUGUGACUAACUCAAACCAAGCACCCCAAAUCUAUGUGUUUCAUAGCAAGAGGCAUUCCAGAGGGACAAGACAUGAAAUCCUGCCUUUUCACAUGCAUUCUUUUUGUAAAUUAUCACAGGAUUUGAAAGAAAUCAUGCAAAGUUGUUACCUUUAUAAUAUAAUUCAACCUAACAUUCCUCUCAGCUUGGCUGUACACUGCUUAGUGCAGGAUUUUACAGUUUCCUAGGAAACGCUUUUUAUUGCUAUCCAGAUAUAUGGAUAAACUUUCUUAACAAUCCCAGUUUCUAUGAACGUUGUUUACAUCAAAUCUUGGGCAGCAGGAGGGAAAUGACUGUCCAUGGCUCUCUUUUUAUAUAUUAUUUUUCUUCUUUUGUUGAAAGCCAUUCUACACCAAGCUGUGGACAAAGCAGGGUUGUGGCUAUUUUCUGAUAAAUCAAUCUCCAACACACAUUUCAGAUGAUUUCAUGAUUGCAAAUCUGCCCAUUAGAUGUCUUAAAAUAAUCUUCCUAUCACUAUUCUGUUUCCUAGAUUGAUUUAAGCCAGAAUUUUAAACUUGUGCAUCUGGCAAGAAAAUAAUCUGGAAGCUGAUCAGGUAUGCAUGUACCCCUUCCUACCUUCCCCAAGGUAGCUUGUGUCCCUUGGUGGCUUCAACUGCAGGGAUUUUUUCCCCCCAGCUUACAAUAUGUCCUGCCUACAUCUUCAAAGUGUGUGUGUGUGUGUGUG